AUGAGUGACGGGAAUGAGAUCCUUCUGCCCACCUUUGACGACGACGAGAGCGUGCACAACUUUGGCCUUCCUUCCUUCUCCAACCCAUCCUUCGGUGCUUCCUCAAGCACCACAUCGCUCGAUAUCUAUCCCACGUCAGAGUACCCGCGCAAUGCCUCGGUCGAGAAUCUGCCCCGACCCAGUCUUUCCACACCUGCCAGACCGACACUACAGAAGACCUCUGUAAGCUACUCGACAGGCUACUCCACCCCAGGCGACGAACGGCGACUCGGCAAGCUCUCCAAUGGCUCCAAUGCCUCAUUGGCAACGCCUGGUACCUCUAUAGGCUCUGCGCCUGGCUUCUUGCCGAAUCGGAAAGGAUCACUGGCAUCCAUCAAAAAUGCGUUCAAACCGACGGGUCCAACCCACGUCCCUCCCGUCCCGAACCUCAAUACGGCGUACCCAGCAUUACGAAAUCCAUUCUCUCGGUUCGAACCACCUGCUUCUCCGUCGUAUACCUCAUCUCCGCGGCAACACAAUGCGCUCAGAAAACAACCUACAGCUUCUGGUAAAUCGACCGGAGGUCGAUCAGCCAAUUCUCAAUCAUCUUUGACCUAUCGUCCAUCUGAGGACAAUGUCUCUCUGCCACCCGUGCCCUCGAGAUCUACACCUUCAAGGCGGCAAGGCAGUGACACCAGUGCAUAUCGCUUUCUGCGUCAGGGAGGCAGCAUCCGAGGACUGGAAGAUGUAGAUGAAGAGGGACCCAAAUCAGCUGCGGAUGAAGCUCUACAGACGAUCUGGGCAGACUUUCGGUCCGCUGCAGACAGCAAGGUGGCUCGGAUAUGUGGGAGACCGCUCAAUACCCAACCAUCGCUCCCUGCGUAUCUCGAGGUGGGCAUGGAUCCCCCCUUCGAUGCCCUUCUCGUAUCCUUUGGACAUUUGGGUAUACGCCAUGCGAGACGUGUCUUUGACAUUGUCAACGCUUGGUGCAAGCACCAUUGCGAAGGCAUCGGUGCCAACGAAGUUCGGAGCCAUAUGGACAGGUCAGCUGGUGCGUCAAUGAGAUUAGAGGAAGCGGCUGCCAUCUUGAGCGAUCGCAAGUCCUCGGCUUCAAAGUUUCUGCUCAAUCGUGUGUUGCUCGAGCUCAUCGCUGCUAUACCUCGCGACAUCUUGGCGGGCGAAUUAGGCCUGGAUCUCGAGCAAAAUGCCUUCAAUGCGUUCCGCUCGGAGAAUCUUGAAGAGAUGCAGCUCCCACACCGGCAGGCAGUCUCACAACUAGAAAUGCGGGUCCUUGGCGCAUUGUCCAACACCCGAUUUCUCACCGUUAGUGAUCGAUUUUCCCGAGAGUUGGCGAAGCUUUCAACAAGCCAAGCAAGGGAUUCCGAUGCUCGCAUGGAACAUUUACUGCAUGGUGUCCGGCAGCUCAAGCUCAAGGUCUAUCCUGAAAGCGAAUUGGAGAACUCGGCCGAAUUUGUCCAAGAACUGGCGACCCUGUACAUCAAUGUGCAGAGAGAAGGUUUGAGGUUGGCCUAUACCGAGACUUUUACACACUUACUCCAUCCCGUCGCUGAGACCGCCACGGCGGAGGUCAACCAUCCCUUGUGGUCUAAAGCUGUCGACUUGAUCUUGUCAAGGUCGCAGACAAUGGUCACUCGGCCCCGGAAUUGGUCAAUCGCCUUUCCUUUGGUUAUAGUGGCAUUGGCAGUUUCUCCCCGCGAGGUCUUCAUGUCCAACUGGAUAUCGUGUUUGGAGGCAAUUACGACCAGAUUGAGAGACCGGCCAACACGGCCCAUCGCCAUCAAUGCUUUGCACCGCAUGCUAUGGGUUUACCUCAAUAGAUGCUCGGAGAGCUCAACUUCUAUGAGGAAGAGAUUAGAUCCAAUCAUUCGACUCGUUUAUUCGACCAACGGUGGCUUGCUUGGACCCGACUUGCCCGUCCACCCAUUUGCUGCCAUUCUGCACGCGAUCAUGGCGAGAGACCUCGAGUAUGGUGAAGAAUUUAUAUCUGAGUUCCUUCGCGGCGACGCCUUGGCUCAGAUGGACAGGACAACAUCCCUUGUUCGGGCCAUUGGUCGCGUCCUCCAAGAUCUGGUGGAAGAUCGCCCAGCAGCAUGGCCAAGUGCAUCCGAUUUCGAAUCCUUUGACGAAGACGGAACUCUCGAAGGAGAACCGCUCUCUGAUGAUCUCUCGGCCAAACCUGAGAUUACCUCAUUUCUCAUUCACGCCAAAACUGCGCUCACCGAGCUCUUACUGUCCUGUGAUCGCUCCAUCGGGUUCCUGUUGUUGUCCAACGACAACGUCUCGGUGGUCUCGCAUUCAUCGAGUGCGGCAUUAGAGGGCUCGGAGCAGGUCACACGGAAGCACGGCGACAUCUACGUGACCUUUUCGGGCCGUCACGUUCCAACCAUGCGGCUCUGCGCGACCCUGCUCGACCUGAUGCCGCGAUGCCUUGACGCGACUAAUUUUGGUCAAGUAGCUAAUAUCCUCUGCCGCUCAUCCUUUUCAGCAGAUCCGGUCAUAGCAGCAGCUGCGGGGGGCGCCAUACGACGAUGCUCACAGGAUUCACAGCACUGUCUCGCCUUGGCGACGACUUUUAUGCAAUUCGUCUUUGAGACUCGACACGUGUUUCGAGAUACUUUCAUGGGCGUCCGCUUGCUGGAAAGACAAUUUGAUCGGGUCACUGAGAUUUGGCUGGAUCUGCUACAGACUCUUGUCGGACACCAGCGCUUGGCAUCGACAGACGAAGACGAAGGCGGACUCAAGCUAGCUGCUGGAUUCAUUCAAAGAAUUGAAGGGUGCGGCUUAUUCCUUCUCUGCUCGACCAGUCUUUCCCUGCGCCGCCUUGCCACUAGGAUCCUGGCGGCUGCUCGUGAUCUGGAACCUCAACGUCGUAUGCCUUCAGCUCCGUUCCGAUACUCUCGUAUCAACAUCGGCAAAGAGACCCUCACUCGAGUGGUACAGUUGUUCGAGAUGACUCUCGAUGAAGGAGAAAUCAAGCGCAUUCGAUCUUCGCCGUGGCUCAACUCAACAGAUCGGCAUCGCUUAGACCUUUUGGCGGCUGAAAAGUCUAGGUUGUUGGCCAGGAUCGCUGAAAGUGAUAAUAGCAAAGACGCAGCAUUAUGGCUGGGGAUCUUCCCCUUGUUUGUGGGGAAACUUGUCGAGCAGAUCCCCGACGUUGCACAAUGCCUCCGUUCGGUCGUCAUCACGAUGGUGCUCCGCCUGCAGGGUCAUAUCGCCGUAACCGCCUCGAACGCGGCCAGUCGUGCCACGCCAGGAAUGCGAACCCACCCUAGCUCAGGAAGGAAUACAGUCGACAUGGGCUCUUUAGCGGAGUAUUGGAGAGCAUACCUAUCUGUCUUAUGCGUCACCAUGCCCGGUCAACUUCAGACGCCCGCCACUCCUCCUGUGCAGCGUACCAAAGACGUAAUCAUUCUUACGCCCGACACCAUCAGCUCGCCGGCCUUGUUCCACUACUUGACUUGGGUCUUUGGAUGGGAGGACCCCCGCUUCAAGGAUGCAGCUGUAUACGCUAUUGGCGCAAUCGGUCAGGCACUGCUGCGGCCUGUAUCUGAUAUCAUGCUGGGCGUCGUACGGCGGCUCGCCGACGGCUCAAAGAUGGCAGCUUCAAGACGGUCGAUGCCAAAUGCUGCGCUAUGGACAGCUUUGGCUCAUGUCUUCCGGCUCAUUUCUCCUCUUCUUUUAGAGUCGAGAGCAUCUCAGUUGAACAAUCUCUCUUCCAUCAUCAGCUUUGUCAAGAUUACUCACUCGCUCUUAUCCGAGCGAGGCAUCAAGGACGACUUUGACCUGCAGUCACUCCGGAGGUCUUUCUGCAUUGUCGUGGAGAAUCUCACCAACGCCUUGGGCAAGCUUGACUCGUCUGAAAGAUUCCUCGGCGAGGAUAUGCGUGGCGCCAUCUUCAAGCUGUGUUUCGAGUGGUGUCACAUCGGACGACGACCCGACGUGGCCAAAGCCCGCGAAUCGCAUAUGCUACAGGCGGCCGCUGAGGGCUACAGGGGAGAGAGGGACAGGGCUCAAUACCUGGACGACUUGCAGGCAAAGACCAAGCUCUUAUCUGCAGCCGCCGCUGAUGCCAUGGCUGGGCUUUGCCAAGGAAAGCUCAUCUCGAACGAGACCACUCCGGCGGCGCAGAUCUCGGAGCAUGUCGUCGAGCCGUUGACAGUGCUGCGGUGGAUUAGAGGCAUGUUCUCUUCGCCCAAUACGGCGCAUCACGAGACUGCAAGUAAAGCGUUGUUUGCCCUAAUCAAGUACAAUUGGCAUUGCACCCGCCUUUUGGAUGAAGUGCUACACCAGUCGUUUGGUGAGGGCGAGCAGUUCUCGCUCGACUCGUCCUUUUUCGGCGUUGUUGCGGACACAUUGGCUGAGGGUCUGGUUCAACUACCGGUCCAGCAGACCGCGUGCUUGUGCCUAUCGAAGCUGGGUCAUCCAGUUGCCGAUGUGCGCCAGCGAGCCUUCCAGCUGUGUCUGUCGUUGGUGUCUGAAGAGGACCGCAAUGCGGACUGUUUAGAGCGACUGUAUCCGUCGGUCGGGAGUCAAGCGACCGGCAUCUACCUCGACGCUCAGAAGCAAAUUGCGGCUUGCCUCGCACGGGUCUAUGGCGAUCGCGCUCUGGACUUUUUGACCGAAUGCACCGCUCGUCUUGGUCAGCUGGAGGCCCCUCGACGGCAGGCAACGCUGUCAAUUAUACCUGCAUGGCUGUCACACCUCGAUUUGGCACCCGACACGUCAAUGGUAUCAGACGAAGAUGCCAAAGUAGAACACGGCGCCUUAUCCAAUUUGAUGUAUCUCAGCGUGAGAUUCGGGGAUGACCAUCUUGACGAGAUCCGACGAAUCUUCAAAUCCUUCGCCGAGAGCCCCGAUUCAGGUAACACACACGCCCUCACCAGAUACCUCUUUGAUCAAGGGAGUCGCCGCAAGUCGCUCGAUUUCGUCUCGCAUGCUCAGCGCGUCAUGGCGUGCUUGGCUCAGAGCACAGCUGUUGAGACCAUGUUCGACGACAUUUUCAGUCUCGUCGAGCCGUCAGCCAUGGCUGCACUGCCUGAAGCGAACCCUCCGCCAGAAUCUGACUCAUCGCUGGUCAACCUUGAUUCAUUGUUCACCUCGCAUUCCAAAUCCCAGGUCUUUUCGACCGGUCAGCUGGCCCUGCUUUUCAUUGGGGAGCUCCUACCGCUGCGACUUGGUGAAGCCGAGCUCAGCAAGCGUAUGUUGACCCUCCUGCAUGUCGCAUUAAUUCACUGUGAUCACCCCGGCUCGGCACUGAGGGAUCAAUGUCAGAGCAUCUUCUUUCAAGUUCUCCGCGCCUGGACUUGCGACACUUCUUUGGUCCGGCCAGACGAUUCUCGUUCCGCUUGGUCCAUCGCUCAAGCCAAAGUGACUUCCUUGUCACGCGCACGAGGUAGCAUCUUUUGGAAAUCAGAUGAUGCUGGAGCAGUAGACAGUGCCUUUUCGGCACCAACCAAGAUGUCCACCUUGAUCCUCAAGGUUUUCGGUAUCCUUCUACCUUUACAACCUCGACUCAGACAACAGUGGGGUGAGCUGGCUCUACUGUGGGCCACAUCGUGUCCUAUACGGCAUCUUGCGUGUCGAUCUUUCCAGGUGUACCGAGUUCUAGGACCGCGCGUCAACGCUCGGAUGAUCUCUGACACGCUGGCUCGGCUAUCGAGCACUAUCGCUUCGGCAUCCCCUGAGAUUCUAUCAUUCAACUUGGAAGUCUUACGCACGUUCACCGCUAUUGUGCAGAAUCUUUCAGCCUCGGAAGCGUCCAACCAUCCACAGUUAUUCUGGUGCACCAUGGCAUGUUUGACCACGCCGUUCGAGGACGAAUUCACUGAAGUAAUCGAACUGCUCUCGCAUAUUUUGGACAAAUUCAAUUUGUCGGACCCAGAGACGAUAUCUCAGCUCAUGGCUAAUCGGCCAGCCGAAUGGGUCGGACCCGCACCUCACUUGCAGAGUCUACUUUUGGUCGGCCUGCGAUCCUCCAAGACAGUGAUGAUGACAUUUGAUCUGAUCCGGCGACUUGCUUCCUCUCCAAAUGACGAGCUUGUCGAUGCGUCGGACGAUCGCCUCUUGAAUGGUUUCGUGGCGGCUCUUCCGUGGAUGCUACAGUCCACAGACAUCGGGGAACCGAAUGAAGAACUCGCAACAAUGGCAUUGGAUCUUGCCGCCAUUGCGGAGGCGCAAGGGCACCAGUCAUUUGCCCGUCUCCUCACUUCCUUUGCUCACGUCCGUUUCCGAUCUAAGGACGACUUUGUCAGCCAGGCAUGUUCACUCUUACGUGACUUUUGUCGCGACAAGGCAUUGGAAGUGGUUACCAUUCUUCUCGGCUUCGUCCUCAACAGUCAUGAUUGGAUGCGAGAGAAAGCGAUCACAGUGCUCAAAAUUCUUUUCCAGUACCCCGAAGCUCGAGCGUGUCUAGUCCAUCACGGCGAUGAGCUGCUCGCGCCCAUCCUGCGAUUGGUCGGUACGAAUUACGCCACCUCGGCUUUGGACCUGUUAGACCUCCCCGUAAUGCAAUCCGACCAGACCAAGGGGAAAAGUAUAUUUGGUCAUAUCGAGUCCAGUGGAUGGUGCAUUCCAAGCGCCAAGGACUUGUCCAUCGUGACCCGGGACAACGUCAGCGCUGUCUUCAAGACCUGCGCUAAAGAGACAAGGGCCGCAUCAGCACAUUACUCGGUGGUGCAGUUCAAAGACAUGAAGCCGUUCGAGAACCCCAGCCAGGUGUCGCUGGAUCUACCCUCGCCACAGGCGUCAACGGUCGGCGUCAUGGAAAACGCGUCGUUGGGCGACCUGGUUGGCGCCUUACAUAGUCUCAAUCAAUUUUUUGACGAUGGACUGGAGGGUAGCCCGGAGCGUACGAAGACAAAGGGAUAUCAUUACAAGCAGCCAUCCGAGAGUCUGAGCGAUCGAAGACUGAGGAUCGUCAUGGCGCGCGGGCGACACAAUCAGUCCAUCUCGAGCCCGAUAUCUGAGAAAUCGCUGGAUUCAACUCGGAAACAUCAACAUACCAUCUCCGACUCUACAGCCUCUACCACAUCCUCAGAUCACAAUUCGGACGAUCUCACGCGUCGGCCAUUGCAAACUUCCAGUGGUGUCAAUGUCGAUCGAUUCCAAGCUCGAGCAGGGGUUCCCCGACCUCGCUUCCAUGCACAGAACCCAUCGUACUCAUCGACCGAUAUGGACAGCUCUGUCGAAUUCGACCGUAUCGAGGCGAAUCUCUGGGGUCUGGAGGAUGAUACGGCGAACGUAUCUAGUGGUAGUCUACAAAGUCAUUUCUAUGCUCCUUCUGGAGGCAGUACGCCGAACGGACGACGGGCGGGAUUCCUGGCCAGGAGUGAGGAAAGUAGCGGCGAUAUCACGCCGUCAAUCGGUGACGAUUAG